CCUCCCUCCACUUUAUUACCCACGUCGCGACGCCGACACCGUCCCGCGCUCCCUCCCCCUGCCGCACCGCACCCACGCUACGCUCUCCAUGUCAUACGCCCACGCCUCACGCCACCGCGGCGGGGGCAUGCCGCCCACGACGGCGCUCGCGGCGAAGGUGGCACUGGCGUCCGCGGCGCUGGCCGCGUUCGCGUCCCUGGCGCGCCUCGCCGUCCCGCGCCUCGUGGCCGUGGCCGCCGCCGUGCUCCCGCGCGCCUGGGCCGCCGCGCGCCUCUGGCUCGUCCCGCCCUACCUCUUCGUCACCGUGCACCUCAUCAUCCUCGUCAUCUGGAAGCUGUCCGACCACAGGCACUCCCAGCAGCAGGCCGCCGCCGCCCAGCACAAGGACGACCCCUGGCCGCCGGCCGCGGAGCUCCCGUCCACCGCCGCCGCCGCCACGCCGGCCGUCAGAGCCAAGGAGGAGCAGUACGGCCAGCCCCUGCCAGCUGAGUUCUCCUCCCCCUCCCCGGACUCCGGCGGCGGCGGCUCCUGCGUCACCACCGAGUCCGACGAGGACGCCUCCUCGCCUUCCCCGGACGUGCUGUGGCGUAGCCUGGCGCCGGCGCCGCAGGAGCGCGCGGUCGUCCUGGAGCGGGAACCCUCGCUGCCGCCGUCGCAGGCCGUGGACGGCGACGACGACGACGACGACCUGGACGCCACGUGGAACGCCAUCAUGCAGAAGACGCGCCCGGCGGCUCCGGCUGCUACCCCUCCAGCUCCAGCUCCCGCUCCCGCCGCGCACCAUCAGCAACGGCCGCCACCGAGGGCCCGGGACCCGUCGGUCGGCGCCGAGGAGAUGAACCGGCGGUUCGACGACUUCAUCAAGAAGAACCGCAACUCCUUCGGCAGGCAAUAGGCGACCUCCGCUCCGUUACGAUCCGGCCACCUCCCCGCCGUACGAUGCGUAUAUACAGUACAAGGAGACAUGCAUCUUUGGUUUUCCAUCUCGGUGUGCCGCCGGAGCUAGCGGAGGGAGGCGGGUCAUUCGAUUCGCCAUGCUUAGGGUUGGAGAAUCACUAGUAUAUACAGAGGAAGAAUCCGUUCUUGAUCAAGAUUAGUCGGCUGCUUGGUUAAUUAGCCGUGAUGAUGAGCUGCUGUCGUGUUCGAUCGGAGGUUGGCGUGGCCGCUUUCCGCAAGGAAAGCAAGGAAUUGGUCGGCUUCUGCGCUACCAGUCCGGUCCACUUCGUUCACCUUUCCCUUUCGGUGCCACCAACAUCUAACUGUACAUGCAUGCAUGCUUGCUUGCUUAGUGCUGACCGCCGCUAAUGCGCUGGAUAUUUCUGGGAGCUAGUGGAAACGAAAGUGUACUCUGAAUUUCAAGUUACUGUCAAAAGUAAGAUCCUGAUCUG